AUGUCUUCUCGUUCAUCUCCCGACCCUGCGGAUCGUGAUGGAUACAAAAAUGCCUUCGAACGCAUGCGCAAAUCGUUCGACAUUCCAGACAACGUGUCGGUGAGGAUGCUCUCGGAGGCUGAGCUUCGAGAGUGGCGAUUCAAGGAUGUAGUGAAGCCUACUGAGAUAGUCAUGAGCUUGAGGCAUAUUGAAUGGCUCCGCUUCCCUCUUCCAGCGUUGCUCGUUCAGAUAAUUUCAAACUCCGGGGCUCAUAUUUCGCAAUUUCUUCCAAACGCCAUUCAAUCAAUAGUCGGGGCCCAGAUGAUAGGGAGCCUUAGGAAUGUCAAUAUUCAAUCGGACGAUAUUUACGCGUGCUUCACCAAGUCUACAAACAAGGUGAUAGAGGGAAAGCCUUGGAAAACUUUCUACCUCUCUCCCAAAAAGGAUCGGACAAUGUUUACUGAUUUCGACAGCUCUCAUCGAAAUUGGGAUAAAUACUUCUUUGCUGUUGGAGGAGCAUGGUACCCUGAGUACGUGCCUCAGGAAAUUUUUCCUCUGGCCAGGGUGUUUAUAAAAGAUUUUUCUUGGCCUCAGGUCAACAUGAGUUCUGAGCGACAGAGCAUGCUGACAGAGAAGGGGCUUCUUCACGAAUCCAAGGAGAACGCCAUUAGUAUCAGGGGUGUAUUGAACUCCUACUGUAUGCAGAUUAUGACUCGGCUCUGCUUCGUGGAUCGGGUCGACCCUGGAGCUGUGCGGGUUAGAUCGCAGAAGGGUGACAUGACCCUAGGUAAGAUUACUGCGGCAUGCGCGAAGCAGCUGGGAGCUUUCCUGAAGAAAUCUCCUCCUACUCCUUCAACUCUAUCACUGACGAAAGCCGAAUUUGAAAGGGCGUGCACUGAAACCUUCAACGCGUGUGCCAAGCGUCAAGGGGUCCCAGAGGGUAAAAAGAAGGAGGAUUAUGUACUGGCUACUGAGUCUUCUCCUGACAAGCCUGGCCUAUCGCGCAGGUCUUCUCGCAUCCAAGGGCGGUCGUCCACGCCUUCUGACGCCCUGCAAAUCAAGCCUCUUAAGCAAGUACCUUUGCCUACAGAUGCCUUGGGAAAAAGGAAGGAUCGUGAGGAGUCCUCUUCCGAAGAUUCGGACGACGGGAAGUACAUUUCGUCGAAGCUUCGGAUCCCGAAAGGCUCUGUCCCCACUCCUCAAGGAUCUGCUUUAGCAAUCCCCAAAUUUUCCCCCGGUAAAUUGCCAAUGGGUCAGGCCCUAUCGUUGUGUAAGAGGCCACGUGGAUUUGCCCCUGCUGGGCAUUUACCUGAGGCAUCUUCUGUUACUCCUGCAAUUGGAUCUUCCUUGGUAGCAGGCUCAGAAGGGAUGGUUCAUGUAGAGGGCGCUUCCUCUUCUCCUUCCAAACUUCCAGCGGGGGCGACUAGAGAUGGAGUUCCGGAUGGCUUACCGUCGGAGGUGAAGUCGCCUGCAAUCUGCGCGAAGUCGUCAGAGGCGUUGACCUCAGCUUCUGAUUUACCCGAAGGGUCUGCUGUUGGCCAUAAACGUGGCUCAGAGGGGAGACGCCCUUCCUCUGCUUCUCGUAAAAACAAGCUUCUAGAGGAUGCUUUCGGGGAGGGUUCUGAAUAUGUGGAUACCAUUUCACUGCCAGUUGAGGCAAGUAAGGUCGUUGAGCCCGAAUCUAUCCCUGGGGGCCAGGAAUCAGGGGCUGUUAUGGCAACAAGUGUUGAUAGUCUUGGUGUUGACGUUCCUUCAUUGCUACCUACCGCUUCUGAGUUUCAUCCAGGAGAUGUCGCUGCUGUGUCCCCGAAGGGUAUUGACUCUUUUGAAUCUCCUAGUGCUUUCUUGGAACAGCUCACGUCUUCUGCCGUGCGGACGCCAGUGUAUUUCCCCAGUGAUUUGGGUGAGGAUGACAGCUUGUUUGCGCGCCCUUCGAAGGCGUACUCUUCCGGCAUGGGAACGGUUGCGUUGACGUCUGAUAGCAUUAUGGUAUCGACGCUAGCAGAAGGUGAGAAGCCAGUUGCCCCCGUUGCUUCUGCGGCUGUAUCUGCAGGGGGAGAAGCAAGUGACAGAACAGGAGUAAUGUCGGAAUAUGGCCCCUCUGCGUCUAACGAAGUGAUGGAGGAAAUGCUACGCAUAAGCAGACCCCAUCUACCUACAGAAGCAGUUGGGUCUUUAAGUGGACAAGGCGAUUUGUUGCAGCAAGUAUCGGACCACAUCUGGAUGAGCUAUGUAUGUGCUUCGGCUGCAAGGCGAGAGUAUGCGGCGGCUAUGCAGAAUGGAACCAAAUUGGCAGAGCAGAUGGCGAAAGUAGAAGAGGAGCGGUCAGGGAGAAAGAUGGCUGAAGCGAAUCGAGAUGUGCUGGUAGAGGCCAUCAAGAGGCUAGAAGCAGAGUUGGCAGAGGCGAAAAAGAGGGUGACCGCGAUGGAGGAGAAGCUGGUAAGCACUGUUGGGCUUGAAGUGGAGCGAGACAAACUGAAAGCUGAUUUGGUGGAUAUGACCAAUAAAUGGAUGGAGAAAAGUCAAUUCUGCGUUCAGCAUGAAGCUCGCAUGGAAAAGCUUAGCAGUAUGAUGAGUGACCUUGACGAGGAGAUUGUGUCGUUACAGACUGAUAAGGAGACCUUAGAGAAGGAGAGAAAAGAGCUGGAGCAAAGGGUGAACAGUCUUGAGUCCUGCGCAGCGGAGGCCAAGAAGCAGAAGUUAGAAACUGAACUUCUAUUUGGGAAAAAGUUGAAGGAAGCAGAAGAGGUACGUGACUCGUCUUUUGCUAUGGUUGUAGAAAAUUAAUGGUCCCUUAAAACACGUGUGUUGAUUACGUGAUGUUUUUUUUUUUUUUAUUUUUUAUUUUUAUUUUUUAUUUUUGCAGAGGGCAGUAGAGGCAGCUGUUGAAGCCACUAGGCAGCGUAUUCGAGACCGAGAGAUCACUGAACGCAAAUUUGCGAGAAUGGCAGAGGUAGACACUGCCAAGUAUCUGGAUUUGGCGUUACGUAACAAGAAGCAGACCCCAGAGGAGAAAUGGGCAAAGCUGGAGAU